AAGACAGGCAGUAAUGCAGAUAAGGGAUAAUAUCGUAAGCUGAGAUGUAUGCUGUUUUACACCUUUAAUGAUGUCAUACUGAGGAAAUGCUCAUCAAUGCCCUGUGUCUUUUAGGUGGCCAUCAAACACAUCCCAAAGGGGAAAGUGUACUGCAAAGUGAAGGAUGAUAACGGGAAGAAUGUGUCAGUGGAAGUUGCCAUCAUGCUGAAGCUUGCAGCUGAAGCAGAUGGAUCAGUGGAAACAUCAGCCCCAGUGUCUCUGUUGGAGUGGUUUGACUUUGGCAGAGAGCUGAUCCUGGUGAUGGAGAGACCUGUCCCCGCUGUGGACCUGGAUAAAUACAUAGAAGAAAAUGGAGGAUUUUUGCCAGAGGACAAGGCCAAGGUCAUUCUGAAGCAGCUGGUUGAUGCUGCGAAGCACCUGGAGGAUAAACACAUCUUUCACCGGGACAUCAAGAGUGAGAACAUUCUAAUUGAGACCGGCUCAGAUGUACCGCGUGUUCGUAUCAUCGACUUUGGACUGAGCUGCUUUGUUAAGGAGCAGUCGCAGUACCGCGUCUUCUAUGGUACAGAAAUUUACUCCCCUCCCGAGUGGUACGGGCGCAGUUGCUACAGGUGUGGACCCACCACGGUAUGGCAAAUGGGAGUGGUUCUGUACGAAGCGCUUCAUGCCGGGGACUUUAACACCACGAGCUUCCUCAAAAAGCGCCUGAAAUUCAAAAGACAUCUGUCCAAAAACUGCCGGGAUUUCUUGGACGCGUGUUUAACCAAAGUCCCGGAGACGCGGCCGACGCUGGAGGAGCUACAGCAUCACACUUGGCUGAGAUAAGCCUAUCACACACACACACAAACACACACAAUUCAGACGUUAUCAUUUAUGUGUGAUGUAUGAAUUACCUUUCUUUUUUUCAGGAAAUAAUUUUUUUUAAUUGGCCCACUUUAAAUUUCAGUGUUUUGGAAUUCCUGUAACCCCCCCAGCCAUCCCAGGAAAGGGGAUCUCUCUUUGAAUGGGCUUUCCCGAGGUUUCUUCCCGUCAGUCUGGCCCCCCCAGGGGAGUUUUUCCUCGUCUUCAUAGAGAGCUUGGGCUGGCUCAGGAGCUCCAUCAAAACUGUCUUUAUUUAAUUACUCUAAUGUAAUCAUAUACUUUAAAGUAAUCAAAUAAAAGACAGUAAAAAUCUGAAGACUUGAAGUAAACUUCCAUUAAAAUAAAACUUGUUUAAUUCAU